GUGGUUUACAAUGCCUCCUUAAAGUGGGGCACACACACACUCACACUGGACACGGGAGCACACACACGCGUGCACACACACACACACCAGAGGACGUUUAGAGAGCGGCGCUUCGUUGGCUCUUCUUGUGUACCAGCGUUGUUUACUGUUGUUAGGGAACCACAAGGCCCAUUGUUGGUUGUUAGUCUUCCCCAUAUUUUUAUUUCUCUGUGUCGUGAUUGUCUGCUCUAAACAUCAGGCUUGAUGUGUGUAUGUUCAUGCUAUCCUUGGGGUGAGCCUCAAGGGGAAAAACAUGUUUUCUUCCAUAAAAUAAACAUAAAAUACAUCUGUGGUGAAAGCAGUGAGGGUUCUCAAUGUGAAGGUUUUAUCUGUUGGGAAAAAACUGAGUUUGUGUUCACAGAGGAACAUGUCCUUUGCAUUGCUCGAGGAGAUAGGACAGAGAGAGAGAGCGAGAGCGAGCUAGCGAAGAGAGAGACGCGAGGAGAUAGCGGCGAGAGCUGAGCGAGCAUAAGCGAGCAGAUCUAUCUCUCUUCUCUCUCUCUAUAUAUCUCUCUCGGCUCUUCUCUCUACUCUCUCUCUCUAUAUCUCUCGAUACUAUCGCUCUUCUCGACUCUAUCUUCUCUCAUCCCUCCCUCCCUCCCAGGUGCGGUACUGCCAGUCUCUCAGUGAGGAGGAGAAGAGGGAGCUCCACAUGUUCAGUGUCCAGAGAAAGAGAGAGGCUCUGGGGAGAGGAACUCCCAGGAUGCUCCCCCGAGCCCUGCAACACACCCUCUGUGAACAUGUACGUUCACACACACACAACACAUACAUGCACCCACGCGCGCACCCACCCACAAUCCGAGUACAAACUGGAUUGCCAUCUUAUAAGACAUUUCGAGGCGAGGAAGAAAAUGACGUUAAAGCCAGUAAAUAUGUCUCUCCCUUCCUCAUUACAUGUCAAUCCUAUAAAGAGCUGCUACUUCCUCCUGAAGCGCAGCUACUCCUGCUAGGCAGAGCAGAACAAGAGAACAAGCUAACGACACAGGGCAGUACCGUGGCUGUUUUUUAAAAGACUUACUGACCCCCGUUGGCCUCGCUCUGUUCUAUUCUGUUGUAGUCUAAAAUGCGUGUCCCAAAUGGCAUCCUAUUCACUACAUAGUGUACUACUUUUGACCAGGGCCCAUGGGGAAGUAGUGCACAAUGUAGGGAACUAGGGUGCCAGUUGGGACGUAACCUAAAGCUCCAGUGCUAAUGUGACGAUUUAAUCAAGGGCAGAGUCUGUCUCAUUAACAACUAACCCACUCAGAGGGAGCAGAGAGGAGGAAGUGUGGACAUUAGGAGCUCGUGCUCAACCCGAGCGUGGAAGUCAUUCCAGCAAAAAGAAUGUGCCCAAUUUCCUGCCGUCAAAAAUAAAUCUAAACAGCGUGUUGCGUUCGGAUCAACUGUACACUGGUCAGUAGGCACCCAUUAACCCAGUGCUCUACAGGCUGUACAAUAGUAUCUCUCUCUCUCUCUCUCUCUCUCUCUCUCUCUCUCUCUCUCUCUCUCUCUCUCUCUCUCUCUCUCUCUCUCUCUGUCUCUCUGUCUCUCUGUCUCUCUGUCUCUCUCUCUCUCUGUCUCUCUGUCUCUCUGUCUCUCUGUCUCUCUGUCUCUCUCUCUCUCUCUCUCUCUCUGUCUCUGUCUGUCUCUCUGUCUCUCUAGUGACCACAUCCUAUUAGACUAGAGACCACAUCCUAUUAGACUAGUGAUCACAUCCUAUUAGACUAGUGACCACAUCCUGUUAGACUAGUGAUCACAUCCUAUGAGACUACUGACCACAUCCUAUUAGACUAGAGACCACAUCCUAUUAGACUAGAGACCACAUCCUAUUAGACUAGUGAUCACAUCCUAUGAGACUACUGACCACAUCCUAUUAGACUAGUGAUCACAUCCUAUUAGACUAGUGAUCACAUCCUAUUAGACUAGUGAUCACAUCCUAUUAGACUAGAGACCACAUCCUAUUAGACUAGUGAUCACAUCCUAUUAGACUAGUGAUCACAUCAUAUUACUAGUGACCACAUCCUUAGAGACCACAUCCUGUUAGACUAGUGAUCACAUCCUAUGAGACUAGUGACCACAUCCUAUUAGACUAGAGACCACAUCCUGUUAGACUAGUGAUCACAUCCUAUGAGACUAGUGACCACAUCCUAUUAGACUAGAGACCACAUCCUAUUAGACUAGUGAUCACAUCCUAUUAGACUAGUGACCACAUCCUGUUAGACUAGUGACCACAUCCUAUGAGACUAGAGACCACAUCCUGUUAGAAUAGUGACCACAUCCUAUGAGACUAGAGACCACAUCCUGUUAGAAUAGUGACCACAUCCUAUUAGACUAGAGACCACAUCCUAUUAGACUAGUGACCACAUCCUGUUAGACUAGUGACCACAUCCUAUUAGACUAGUGACCACAUCCUAUGAGACUAGAGACCACAUCCUGUUAGAAUAGUGAUCACAUCCUAUUAGACUAGUGACCACAUCCUGUGUGAGGCAGAACAAUUCAAAGCAUGGCUGGUUUGAGUGCCGGAGUACUGGCAUGUUGUAAAGGCAUGGCUGGUUUGAGUGCUGGAGUACUGGCAUGUUGUAAAGGCAUGGCUGGUUUGAGUGCCGGAGUACUGGCAUGUUGUAAAGGCAUGGCUGGUUUGAAUGGCUGAGUACUGGCAUGUUGUAAAUGACAUAAUACCCCAAAGGAAGAACAGGGAGGGAGACGGUAAUCCCUCUGGACAGCAGAUGUGGGCUGUCACCCCCCGUACACACAGAGAGAGAGAGAGAGAGAGAGAGGAGAGAGAGAGAGAGAGAGAGAGAGAGCAGAGAGAGAGAGAGAGGAGAGGAUGAGAGGAGGACGAGGAGAGAUGAGGAGAGAGGGAGGAGAGAGAGGCGAGAAGUAGAGAGGAGAGAGAGAGGAGAGAGAGGGGCGAGGAGAGGCAGAGAGAGAGAGAGGAGAGAAGGAGAGAGAGAGAGAGAGAGAGAGAGAGAGAGAGAGAGAGAGAGAGAGAGAGAGAGACACCACAAAGCGGCAUGUUUUUGUCUAUAGCUGUGGUUUUCGAAUGCCUUACCUUCAGGGGACACGCGACACCCCGGUUUCCAAGGCCGAUGGCGGCUUGGUAAUAACGGACAACAGCUGUGAGUGGUGUCCCAGAGCCCUAGUGCUCAGACCUGGGUUCAAAUAGUAUUUGAAAUUAUUUCAAAUACUUUAGCCUGGCUUGAUUGAUGAGCUUGCCUAGCGCAAUGGGACCGCUGCCCAUCUGGCACGCCAGGCAGGUUAAAGCAAACGAUGAAAGUAUUUGGAAGAUUUCUAAUAGUAUUUGAACCCUGGUCUGGUAGUGGUUAUAUAAAGACUGAUGACUGUAUGUUCAGACACGCUCUGCUGAGCUUUCUGGAGUCAUACGAUCUGGAGCGAUGAGGCUAUAGUAGAGUGUUUGGUUUUACUGAAACAUAUACAGAACAAAACAACACAGACACACACACAAGGACACAAACACCAUGACCAUUUACUCAUUCAUUGGUGUUUUGUGUGGACUGAAACACACCAUGACCAUUUACUCAUUCAUUGGUGUUUUGUGUGGACUGAAACACCCCAUAACCAUUUACUCAUUCAUUGGAGUUUUGUGUGGACUGAAACACCCCAUAACUAUUUACUCAUUCAUUGGUGUUUUGUGUGGACUGAAACACCCCAUAACCAUUUACUCAUUCAUUGGUGUUUUGUGUGGACUGAAACACCCCAUAACCAUUUACUAAUUCAUUGGUGUUUUUUGUGGACUGAAACACCCCAUAACCAUUUACUAAUUCAUUGGUGUUUUGUGUGGACUGAAACAUCGCUUGAUAUGACUCAGUGAUCCGUUCUGUUUUGCUGGCAACUUAAUCAAGCAACAAAUACACUGUUUACUCUAACCAACACGCUUGUUGAUAUCUUUUGCAUGUCACAUGGUCCCAGAUCAGUUUGUGCUGUCUUGCCAACUCUUAGGAUCAUUGUCACAUGACUGGCACAAACAGAUCUGGGAACAGGCUAUGUAUACCCUGCUUCUUCAACGAUACCCCAUUGGUCUCCACAUCUCCGUGGUCCUCUGUAGCUCAGCUGGUAGAGCACGGCGCUUAUAACGCCAAGGUAGUGGGUUCGAUCCCCGGGACCACCCAUACACAAAAAAAAAAUGUAUGCACGCAUGACUGUAAGUCGCUUUGGAUAAAAGCGUCUGCUAAAUGGCAUUAUAUAUUAUAUUAUAUAUUAUAUUAUAUAUAUAUUAUAUUAACAUUUUGCGAUUUAAUUUCAUCCCCAGUGUGGCGAAGGCAUCAGCGGAGGAGAGAUGGCCAUCUUUGCGUCGCGGGCGGGUCCGGGGCCGUGCUGGCACCCAGCAUGCUUUGCGUGCGCCACGUGUCAGGAGCUGCUGGUAGACCUGAUCUACUUCCACCAGGAUGGAAAGAUCCACUGUGGACGGCACCACGCCGAGCUGCUGAAACCACGAUGCUCAGCCUGCGAUGAGGUGAGAUCACUGUGUGUGUGUGUGAUCAAUAAGCUAAUUACCUGAGCAUUCUGCUCAGCCUGCGAUGAGGUUAACUCAUUGCAGACAUGAAACAUUGAAACAUUUGGCUUGAAACAAUGCCAGACUUCUUUUCAACAUACAGUAGUUAGGCUUUAGUCAGUCUGCUCAUUAAACACUGGAGAUAGACAGAAGACUACCGAAGCGAUGUGACCUAUAAGCUUAUUGCACGAUUAGUAACUGAAGUUGAAUUAAUCUUGUGUUCCGUUUCCUAAUUAUUCUGUAAGUAGCAGACAGUGUUUAAACAUGUCUGUUUAUCCCUCCUCUCAGAUCAUCUUUUCUGAUGAGUGCACGGAGGCGGAGGGACGUCACUGGCACAUGAAGCACUUUGCCUGUUCCGAGUGUGAGACGGUGCUGGGCGGUCAGCGGUACAUCAUGAAAGAUGGCCGCCCCUACUGCUGUGGCUGCUUCGAGUCUCUGUACGCGGAGUACUGUGAAGCCUGCGGGGAGAAUAUAGGUGAGUCAAUAUCUCUGGUUCAUAAGUGGUCAAUCUAUGCCUGAUUACUUGAAUAAAUCAAACAGUUCUUGACAUAAUGUGCAGCCUGUUGCUGAAGCCUUUUAAAGAUGUUGCUCUACACUCUCUCCCUCCUCUCUUCCCUCCCCCUCCCUUCUUGCCUCCCCCAGGAGUGGACCACGCCCAAAUGACCUACGAGGGUGUCCACUGGCACGCUACAGACACGUGUUUCUGCUGUGCCCAGUGUAAGAGCUCCCUGCUGGGCUGUCCCUUCCUGCCCAAGCAGGGCCGCAUCUACUGCUCCAAGGCCUGCAGCCUGGGAGAGGAUGUCUACGCCUCAGACUCCUCCGACUCCGUCUUCCAGUCUGCCCACUCUCGUGAAUCCCGCCAGAGCCACAUGGGCAAGAGCAGCCACCCGGUGGCUGAACAGUGGAGGCACUCCCAGCUCUUCAACCCCGUUGCAGUGGCUGACUAUAAUAAGACUCCUAGUCUAUAUGGAGACAGAUAUAGAGAGGACAGGGAUAUGGACAUUGUGGGGCAAAAGCUGUCCCACAUGGGCUUCACUGAGGAGCGCACCUGGAGGGACCGAGAGGAGCAGGAGGCUCCGGAGGAUCCAGAGGAGUGGGCCGAACACGAGGACUACAUGACACAGCUCCUGCUCAAGUUCGGGGACCGCGCCGGGGUGUUCCAGACACAGCCUCCAGAGGAACCCAGCACCAGUAGGUCAGCCGAACCCUGGCUGAAGCCUGAGACUAAACCGGCCUCCACCUCCACCACCACCAGUCCCACGAACCAGAGCCACAGUCACCUGCCUGAGACGUACUGGGCCCAGUCCCAGGAUGGACUUGUCAGUAAGAAGCACCUGCCUGAGACGUACUGGGCACAGUCCCAGGACGGGCUUGGGGAUUCGGCUUACGGAAGCCACCCUGGACCUGCUAGCGCCAGAAAGAUCCAUGAUCUGGAGCUGGACCAGGGGCUGAUUGACCAGAGGGUUAGCGCUGGGGGAGCAGGGUUAUGGAUGCUGGACCCCAGGCAGUGGUGUGAAGACUCUCUGGAGUGUAUCACAGACGAGCUGAGGAAGACUGAGCAGAGUGUCGGGGACUCCAUGGACUCUCUAGCCCUCUCUAACAUCACUGGUAAGAGUUCAUAUCACAGGCGCUUGCUGUAAAACAGUGUUUGGUGAACUUCUGGUGAAAGUAGUCUGGUAAAAGGUAGUCGGCGAUCAGUUCUUAAUUCCAGUGUGAUGAUGGAGAUUUAAAUGGAACAGGAAAGGAUAGUAUACAAAGCCAUGAAGCACAUUAGCUACAGUAAUUAGCUACAGUAAAGAACUCUUGUUUUCCUGCUUCUUUCUUGAGUAACAUAUACGUUUAUAUUUUCCUGUCCUCCCAGGUGCGUCAGUGGACGGAGACAGUAAGGAGCGUCAGAUCCUCUACUCCCUCCACAACCUGCUGGACCCAGAGCCAGAAGACUGUGAUAAGAUGAGCAACAUGGGCACCCUCAACUCCUCCAUGCUCCAUCGCAGCGCCAACUCUCUGGAUCACCAGGAGGGGGCAGCAGACCAGAAGGAGGUAGAGGAGGUGCAGAGGGGGGCGCAGAGGGUACAGGGGCCAGUGUCUCUCCCCCUCCCGCCCCUCCCUCCUAAACAGGAGAUGCCACCUCCUCACCUUCAGCUGCCAGUGUUGAGGAGGAGCAGGUCCCAGUCCACACGGCCACCAGGCCAGCAGAUGGUCAAGUUCUCUGAGGAUACGGUGGAUAACGGGUCUUACCAGAACCUGGCGGUGCGUCAGCCUCCUCAGAGUGAGAGGACGCGUCGGAGGGUGUACCACCCUCACCACGAGGACCCCGACAGGCCACGCCGGCACCACGGCCACCACCGCAACCGCAAAGCACGCUCGGACAACGCUCUUAACCUCCUGCCUAAGGAACGGGUGCAGAGGCCCUACGAGAGCCAGGGACAUGGUCUGAGUUCCCUUCAGGAACAUCACGCGGCCCUCUUCAACCAAACCUGGCCCUGGUGCUCACAGGCCGCCCCCCUACCCCCACACCACCUCGGACUACUCCCUCCAGGCUCGGGGCGACCGGGAUCGCGACCGCUUCCUAGGCGGCCUGUACGCUGACGAGGAAGACUGGUGCUCCACCUGCUCCUCCUCUUCCUCAGACUCUGAGGAGGAAGGUUACUUCCUGGGGCAGCUCAUUCCCCAGCCCAGGGUUCCUAGCAGGUAUCAAUACUACACUGAUGACUUCCCAACACGCGUUACGGCCAUGUCGCCUAACGACUCACGGACUAAAUCCAGAAAGAAGGGUCACAGAGGCAAGAACUGUAUAAUUUCAUAA